GGAAAGGGGAAUUAUAACACAUGUGGCAUCGUCUACAAGCUCGACCGUUCUAAAUGUGAAAGCAUAUUAUAGUAAUAGAAACCUAACAAUCAUUAAAAACAAGUAUACAUAAACAGAGGAGGGAGAGCACCGUUUUUCAUUGUCCAUCGGAACAUUUCAAAAUGCCCACGACAGUUAUAAAUAUAGUAGUGUAUGAUUACGUCAUUCUAGUAGCAGGCGAAGGAUCAAGUAAAGAUGGAAACAUUUAGUUGUAUAAUCACGAUCCUCGCACUUUACAUAAUAGGCCUAUCUGAAAUAAAAGGUUUAUCUGAAGAUAAAUUCAUCAGAACACCAGUCGGUGUUAUAGAUUUAAACCAUCAGGUGACCAAGGAUACAGAAAAGGCAGUAAACGUAAAAACAUCAGGUGAGGGACAUUCCAGGGUCAGGCGUUCAACUGGUUUUUCGGAAGCCGAAUCGCAGGCUAUACUUGACAAACACAAUGCUCUCCGGUCACAGGUUUCUCCAGAGGCUUCAGAUAUGCAGUUUAUGAUAUGGGAUGACGAUCUUGCAACAAUGGCUCAACAGUGGUCCGACAUGUGCAACUUUAACCACGGACAACCAAGUAACAUCUCGCCUUACAGUACUAUUGGACAAAAUCUAUACCAAACAUCAGGAGGUCCAGACAAUCGCGCUAAUGGGGUAGCCGCUACACAGGCUUGGUACAAUGAGUACCAAUUUUAUACCUACGAAACCAAGGAAUGUCAAACAAAUAGGGUCUGCGGACAUUACACACAGAUUGUGUGGGCCGACUCACACGCUCUUGGAUGCGGUUUAUCUUACUGCAGCAGCACAACCGAUGGAGCUACUAAUGUUUGGAUCAUAACAUGUAACUAUGGACCUUCGUACGUACCUUUCGUAAAUUGGGCCUAUGGAUGUACUGAAUGUCCUUCAGGUGCCAGGCAAUGCUACAACAACCAAUGUCGCUCAUGCUCGGUUCACAACGAAACGUGUACUUGUAACCUGCAAUGUAGAAACUGUGGAACAUUGGAUUAUGAAAAUUGUACAUGUACGUGUCAACAGGGAUAUGUAGGGAACGAUUGCUCAGGAAUUUGUGAAGACAUUUCGAGUUACUGCAAUGCUGGCUGGUAUUUUGCACAAUGUUUCACCCAUGGCUUUGUCCUCAAUGGCUGUCCCAAGAUGUGCGGCACUUGCAAUACAAAUACCGUGACUACGACGACAGUGCCGCAGACCACAGAAGGACAAAAAGGAAGAACGGAAUCAACAACUAUAAAACCGACGUCAGUGAGGCCAACCACCUGGGACGGAGAAACAACUGAGAUUGAAUGUCGUCUGCAUUGUUUGUAUGGAGUAUGUAGUAUUGAUGAAGAUGGUAAUGCAUUUUGCAAAUGUUCGACUAGAUUCAGUGGACCAACUUGCAAAAGAGUACUUGUGUAUUGUCCAUGUGAACAGAAUCCUAAAUAAUGUUUGUGGACCCAACGAAGUACCAAUGGACAUUUGACACAUCAUGGGCAGAACAACUAGAUCAGAAGUAUUAGUUUUGCCAUAGUUGUUAAAAUGUAAUAUUAAUGUAUGCAUAUAAAAUUAAGAUAUAUUUUGCUUCGAUUUCAAUAACAAAUCAGUUCUUCUAAAAAAAACCAGUUAAAUUAACUGUUCCAUAUUCUAACCAAGCAUCUUACAAUUUUAAACCGAAAUGGUUAUUCAUUCUGUGUGAUAUAUAGUGUACACAAUUUUAUGUCUAGUACUAGGCAUAUUUUAUGUAAUUGCUAUAUAGGCAUACCAUUUAUGAAAGCAAACACUUUAUUGAAUUUGCAGUAUUUAUUUAUGUUUUAUAAAAAGUUGGUUUGAAGGAAAAUUGUACGUUAUAAACAGAAAGGGAAGCUGUAGUAACAGUGGCUUUUUAAAAUACGCUUCGCCUAAUUUCACAUUACGCAUGUAUUAAUUUCCUUUAAGAUCGGUGUCUUAAUUUUUUAUUAGAAGACAAAAUAUAGAUUAAGUUUUCAUUGCAGAAAAUUAUCUGACAGUUUUAUAUUGAAAGUAACUUGGAAUAUAUAUUUUACUGUAGUUAGGGAACCACCAUAUCUUCUUAUUUGUGUUGUGUCUGUAAUGCUUUGUUGUAUUUCUUAACAAGACAUUGUAUAUUUGUUGAAACAAAUUCAUUUAGUUGUUUGUAGUAGUAGGUUGUAGUUGUUUGUAGUAGUAGGUUGUAAAGUUCUUUUUAAUCAACGACUAAAUAUGAAGACGUACUUACAGAACGUUACGAGACCUAUCAGGUCACAAUCUCAUUCGCUGUGCGAUGUUCUUUAAUGCGUGUAAAGCCCUCCCUAAUUCCCCAACUGAAGAAAUGUACUCUGUACACGGAAGCCUGUGUUAAUAAAACUAUUAGGUCUCAAA